GAGGAGGAGCCAGAAAAAAAAGAAUACAAGUGGAAAUGUAUAAAGCUGCGGCUCUCGAGCCUCCAUGAAGCCGCCUCACCUUUGGUUCCUCUGAAGCAAACAUCAUUUACAAGCAUAACCAUGCAAGCUGUUCUACUGCUGUGCAUGCUGGGAUCAGCUGUGGUUGAAGCCAAUGUCUUUUCCUGGGGUGGACGUGGUGAGACCUUGAGAAAUGGACGUAACAUAGAAAAUGUGUGUCUUACGGACCAGGCGUCGUGUGGGUGCUGUCUGAUGCAGCAGCAAAUUCACAAGAUGGAGACGUUUUUCAAUAUGAGCCUCAGUGAGCUUGAGAAGGAGCUGACCAAGACAAAGGCUGCCCUUGACAAUGUCAGAGGCAGCCGCAGCGCGUUCUCUGUGGCGCUGAACAACGACAAUCAUUUGAACUGCUACGGUACCUUCCGCGACGACAAGCUCGUCAUCUACAAACACGUCUUCAUCAACCUCGGAGGUGGUUACAAUGUAGAGACUGGUGUCUUCACUGUUCCCCGCUCUGGUGUCUACAGUCUUGCCCUCACAGUGUACAGUGACGCUGGCUCUCCUGGGAACACCCUGGCCGCCUGUGCCAGUCUACGAGUUAAUGACAUGGUCGUGGCAGGGCCCACAGAACACAACAUGCAAGACCAAGAGGACAGUGCCACUAUUGUUAUGGCCCUCCACCUGAUGGCUGGGGACCAAGUGGCUGUCAAUUUGCCCAUUGGAUGUUUCCUCUGCGAUAACAAAAGCCACUAUAACACUUUCUCUGGCUUUCUGCUGUAUGCUACUGACUAACAUAGGAGAAAAGUUCGGUUUUCUGCUCUGUUUUUGUGCUGCGUCUGAUGUGGGCGUCUCUGCAUUUGUAAAGUGAUCUUUUGGAUAAGAGCAAACGUUUCUUUUUUCAUUAUUUUUUGCCUGUGUAAUUGAUCCAUGUCCUGACAUCUGCACAAAUGACUCAAACUAGUGUUUGCAUAUUCAAUUGUUGGGUUUCUCUUUUCUCUACUGUUACUAUGUACAGUGCCUUGAGAUAAUGUAUGUUGUGAUUUGGUGCUAUACAAAAAAAGGAAAUUGAAAUGGAUGUUGUGAAGGAGGACAUGAGGACAGUGAGACACUGUGGGGACCUAAAGGAAGAAUCCUGAAGAAGAAGAAGAAGAAGGUUCAAGUAAAUGAACAGAUGUUUAACGUUGAAUACAUGCACCAGCGCUCCUAAGAUCUGUAACCAUAUAGUAGAAAUAUUAGUAUAAUUAUGAGCAUCAUAGGGCAACUGUGAUAGAGUGGGUAAGUGUCAUGUUUACACUAGAUAUGUGUGUAAAUCAUCAAGAGAAGAAAAUCACUACACUGUAUAAUUCAAGUUUAUAUUUGUGUUCAAUAAAUAAAUAGCUACAGA